CAGGAAGUUUGCUUUGACAGCGAACAGACUAAUGUGUCGGUGCGUUUUGUAGAAACGGUUACCUUUUCGGCUGCUAGAACCUUUAUUUAAGCAUAAAUCUUGAAGUUGAUGUUUAAACGGAAGCAACAAUGUUCGCGGGGCUGCCUGAGCUCGGGAUAUCCAACGGCGAGGACCUUAAAGAAACUCUCACCAACUGCACCGAGCCUCUGAAAGCCAUCGAUCAGUUCCAGAUGGAAAACGGCAUCCUGUUGCCGACCCUCCAGUCUGCUCUUCCCUUCCUGGACCUCCACGGAACGCCUCGGCUGGAGUUCCAUCAGUCCGUCUUCGACGAGCUCAGAGAUAAGCUGAUGGAGCGAGUCGCUACCAUUGCAGAGGGCAAGGACGAAGACAGAUAUGGGAAGCUUGAAGAGUUGCUGGAGAAGAGCUUUCCUCUGGUCAAAAUGCCAUCCAUUCAGCCAGUGGUGAUGCAGGUGCUGAAGCAUCUACCCAAGGUCCCGGAGAAGAAACUGAAGAUGGUCAUGGCUGACAAAGAGCUGUACAAGGUGUGUGCUGUGGAGGUGAAAAGGCAGAUCUGGCAGGACAACCAGGCUCUUUUCGGGGAUGAAGUGUCACCGCUCCUCAAGCAGUACAUCGUGGAAAAGGAGGCAGCUCUGUUCAGCAGCGACCUCUCCAUCUUGCAUAAUUUCUUCAGCCCUUCUCCAAAGACCCGACGCCAAGGCGAGGUGGUCCUGAAACUCACCCAGAUGAUUGGAAAGAACGUGAAGCUGUACGACAUGGUGCUGCAGUUUUUACGAACGCUCUUCCUGCGAACGCGAAACGUCCACUAUUGCACACUGAGAGCAGAGCUGCUGAUGUCUCUUCAUGACCUUGACAUCAGCGAGAUCUGCUCUGUAGACCCCUGCCAUAAGUUCACUUGGUGUUUAGACGCCUGCAUCCGUGAGAAAUUUGUGGACGGCAAGCGGGCCAGAGAGCUGCAAGGUUUUCUCGACGGAGUCAAGAAAGGACAGGAGCAAGUCCUCGGGGACCUGUCCAUGAUCCUGUGUGACCCAUAUGCUUGUAACACCCUGGUGCUGAGCAUCAUGAGGAACCUGCAAGAGCUGCUGAGUCAGGACUCUUUACCCAGAGACAGUCCAGACCUGAUGCUGCUUCUGAGGAUGCUGUCACUGGGUCAAGGGGCGUGGGACAUGAUUGACAGCCAGGUGUUCAAAGAGCCUCGAUUGGACCUGGAGGUGGUGACCCGCUUCCUGCCUGCCAUGAUGUCAGUGGUCGUGGACGACCAUACGUUCACUGUAGAACAGAAGCUUCCUAGUGAGGAGAAGAGCUCGCUGACCUACCCCACCACCCUGCCAGACGCUUUCACAAGGUACCUGCAGGAGAACAGAGUGGCCUGUGAAAUGGGUCUCUACUACGUCCUCCACAUCGCCAAACUGAGGAACAAGAAUGCCUUACAGAGGUUACUACCUGCUCUGGUGGAGACCUACAAUGACAUGGCCUUUGGCGACAUCUUCCUGCACCUGCUGACCGGACACCUCACCCUGCUCUCUGACGAGUUUGGAGCAGAAGAGUUUUGUUCAGUUGUCUUUGAUGGCUUCCUCCUUACUUCUUUUUCCAGUAAAGAGAACGUCCACAGACACACCCUCCGUAUGUUGCUGCAUCUUCACCACAAAGUGCUGCCGUCGUACAUGGAAACCUUGAUGAAAACUCUUGAACCUCCAAAACAGAGCAGCGAGCCGGUGAAGGAGCUGCACAGCCAGCUGACAGAGAAGCUGGAGACGCAGAAGAAGAGCCCUCCACCAGCAGAGGAAACUCCAUCCCUGGAUCUGGGGCUGCACCCUGUGACCGUCCCCACCACCGCCUCCACCCCGACCACACCUCUCUGAGACGGCAGACACAGAGACUAACUGACUGUAAACGCAGCCACGAGUUGGCUCAUGAAUUUUUUGAAAAGACUGGACAUUUUAUAUUGUUUGUUGUAUGAUUAUUUUUUUUGUGGAGGUUUAGUUUCUUUAGAUGUUUGUCUCCAGCUCUGACAGUGUAGUCCAGCAGCCAACUAUUUUUCUUCAAGGGAGGAAUCAUGAGUUUUCUAUACUUUGUGCUCUUGCAUUAUUGUCCAGAUAUACAGUAUUUUCAUAGGUAAUCUGGCUAUCAGUGUGUUACAUUUUGAAUUGGGUCAGUAGUGCAAGAAACUUGUAAAUAAAUGAUUAUUUAGAAAUACAAAGUG